AUGGGCGGCGUCGCCGCCCUGGGCGUCGCGCUGAACCUCGGCGGCGAUAAGGCGACGCACAACGUCGAGAAGCUGUUGGAGGCGUUGCGCGACGUGCGCGGCGGCGGCGGCGGUGGCAAGGCGGAGGCGGACGCGCGCGCGGCCAUCGUCGCGCUCGAGACGUUCUUCUCCGAGCGCCUCGGCAAGGGCGAGCUCCGCGUCGCGGGGACCAAGGCGGCCGCGCUCGAUGCGAGCGCGAUGAAGCGCGCGGAGUGGCUCGGGCGGCAGUACAAGCUGUUCCUCAAGCGCCUGUGCGCGCUCGUCGCGGGAGGCGGAGGAGGAGGACGCCAUCGCCAUCGCGGCGACGACGGCGGCGACGACACCUUCGAGCCGGUGUCGCCGCGGACGACGACGCUCGCGCUCGCGGCGACGAUGGAGUGCGCGCGGUCGGAGCACCCGGGGACGUUCGCCGCGGACCCGUGGGUGAACGCGCUGCGAGCGGCGACGACGGGCGACGCGUUCACGCCGGAGCUCCUCGGCGCGAUGUCGUCGCGUUAUUUCAGGCGCGUUCUAUACACUGGUCCCCAUACGACCCCGUCGGCGUGCUACGCGGACGCGCGGUAUCACGCGUAUCAGUGCGUGGUGAAACUGUGCGAGGAGACGCGCGCGAAGGCCGCGGCGAAGAAGAGAGGACGACGCGAAGAAGACCGCGAGAGAGAGGACGACGUCGCGAGGUGCGUGUACGACGUCCUCGCGAAUCUCCCGAGGGAGUUCGACGACUUCGCGUCGGGCGGCGAUAUCGGCGCGAAACCGGCGGCGGGGGGCGACGAGGAAAACUUCGAGGCGAUGCUCGGCCUCAUGAAAGGCGGCGACAUCGGCGGCGAUGUCGAAGAGCGGCGAGACGAAGAGAAGGCGUGGUGCCUCGGCCUCAGCGUCGGCGAGGCCGCCGCCGCGGAGCGCGCCGCGGAUGCCGCCAAAGCCGCGGGCGCGCGACGGAAAGAGACCGACGCCGCCGUCGCCGCGGCGACCGCGACCGCGACCGCCGCGCGAAAGGCUGCCGCGAAGACGUCGCCGAAGUGGAAGGACGGCAAGCGCCACAGACGUCUAUUCGCGGACGCGUGGCUCGCGUUCCUUCGGACGCCGAUGCCACCGGACAUUUACCGGAAGACGUUGACGUCGCUGCACGACGACGUGAUCCCGCACCUGCCCAACCCGCAGCUCCUCUCGGACUUUUGCACGCACAGCAUCGACCGCGGCGGGCUGGACGGCAUGCUCGCGCUGAACGGGAUCUUCGUGUUGAUGACGAAGCACGGUCUGGAGUACCCCGCGUUCUACGCGAAGCUGUACGGGUUGCUGACGCCCGAGGCGUUUCACGCGAGGGGCCGCGGCGGGUUCUUCGAGCUCCUCGACGUCUUCCUCAAAUCCUCCGCGUUGCCCGGAUACCUCGCCGCGGCGUUCAUCAAACGCCUCGCCAGGCUCGCGCUGCGAGCGCCGCCCGCGGGUGCGAUGACGUGCGUCGCGUUCGCGCAUAACUUACUCCGCAGACACCCGGGGUGCGCGGUGUUGGUGCACCGAGGUCCGACGGAGGAGCGCGCGUCCGCCGCGGAGGGGGCGCUGGCGUCGUUCGCGUCGGAUCCGUACUCGGAGCGCGAGCCCGACCCGGCGAAGUGCGACGCGCUGAAGAGUUCGCUGUGGGAGCUGAAGACGCUCGCGGAGUCGCACUAUCACCCGCAGGUGGUAAAGCUCGUCAAGAUGAUCCAAGAGCGCGACCUGUCGGACCGAGUGAAGACGAAAGAGCUCCCGGUGAAGGCGCUGUGCGCGGCGUCGUACGCGAGUCUCGUCGCGGAGGAGCUGGACGCGAGGGUGAAGGUGCGUUCUAUACAAUGGUUCCCAUACGACCCCGUUCGCGUGGUGAACGCCGAUCCUUAA